CUAAAAGAAACGUGGUGAACGGAUAUUGUGAUUGUGUACCACAUACUAAAUUAGAGUUUACAGUUUCACCUGAAACCUUUAUCGCAAAAACCGUGAAUUUGACGAAAAUAGACUUCAAUGUCGUCGUAUACGUUUGCAAACGUAUGUGGUGCACCUUUUGAAGGAGGUCAAAUAACGUUUGAUAAAACAGGAAACUGUUUGCUAGUUCCUUCCUCAAACCGAGUAACAGUUUACGAUUUACGUCAAAAUCGAGUGCAAACAUUGCCGUUUGAAGCGCGUCAAAACAUUCAAUAUAUUUUAUGUUCACCAAUUAUGAAUAUUCUUAUAACGAUAGACGUAAUAGGCAGAGCUGUUGUUGUGAAUAGUACAAAUAGUGUGAUUUUGAGUCGAUUCUCGUUUUCUCAUCCCAUUUCGGCAGCAAAAUUUUCAUCGUGUGGAAAGUAUUUAGCGACAGCGUCUCAAAAAGCAUUGAAAUUUUGGGAUGUUCCUACAAUGGAAAACCGUUGGUUUUGCUCGUUACGUCGGAAAAUUCAACAUCAUGCUGACACUAUUGUUUCUGUAUGUUGGAGUUGUGAUUCCGAAUACGUUUGUACUGGUUCAAAAGAUUUAACAGUGCGCAUAUUCAGUUGCAACCCUAAAGAGGGUUUUAAGGUUUUGACAUUUGUAGAACAUCGAUCGCCUCUUUGCGGAGCAUUUUUUAGCCAAAAUAUGAAAUACGUGAUAGGUGUCGCGACUGAUGGAACUAUGAUUUCGUGGAACUGGAUGACGGACGUUGAAAAACAUGAACAGGAUGAAAUACUUGGGAGUUCAACAGAAAAUAGAGCUUUUUCUUUACAAAGAGUUCCUACUCAUUCGUUAAGCAAAGAUGAUGAAAAAAAUGUUCAUCGGGAAUUAAGAAAGAAACGUCUUGCCGAAAAUUUUGAAACAAAACAAAGUGAUAAUUCCGAAAAUAAAAAUAAGCUACCAGAUUAUUCCAAAGGAUCUUGGAAGAUGGAGUGCAAGGUUUUUUGCAAUCAGUCUGGUGGUGCACUUAUAUCUCAAGUUGCCUAUAAUUCUUUAAUAAAUCUUCUUGCCACUGGGUUUAGUAAUGGUCUAAUUUGUUUAUAUUCGACACCAGAUUUCGCAGCACUUUACACAUUAUCCAUUGGUAACUCUCCUUUAGAUGCUCUUGAGAUAACGUCUGACGGAGAAUGGUUGGCUAUCGGAAAUUCUUACGCUGGCCAGAUUGUCGUUUGGGAAUGGAAAAGUGAAACCUACAUUUUAAAGCAGCAAGCACAUGGAACGGGUAUACGCUGUGUAGCUUGUUGUCCUACUCUGGAUAGAGUCACUCAAAACCGUAUAGGAGGUGACAAUAAGAGCUCGUCGUCUUUGGGAUUAAUACAAAGGAGUGUAGCUGUAGCAACGGGUGGAGAGGACGGUAAACUGAAGUUGUGGGACUCCGUGUCUGGAUUUAAUUACAUGACAUUCACUGACCAUGUGGCUCCAAUCAAUGAUAUCGUAUUCACACCACAAGGAAACGCAGUCAUAUCGGCGAGUAACGAUGGAACCGUUCGUUGUUAUGAUCUAGCACGGUAUCGUUGUUUUCGAACGUUUAGUAGCACGCAAAACGGAAUACAAUUUUUUUGCCUCGCUAUUGAUGGAAGUGGAGAGUUGAUUGUUGCGGGUACUAGGGGAACGGAGUACAGCCUUUACGUAUGGUCACUACAGACGGGAAAACAAAUCGAAUAUUUGUCCGGACACGAGGCUUGCAUUUCAUGUGUUAUGUUUGACCCUCAUCCUAAUCGUUCGGGUACAUUAAUUUCAAGUUCUUGGGAUAAAACGUUAAGGGUUUGGACAUUGUUUGGUCGUAUUGGCAAGGGAGGAGAAGCUGAGCCUUUGUGUCAUUCAAGCAGUGUUCUUUGCUUAGCGUUCGAUCCACGAGGCAAUAAUCAAAUUGCGGUGUCAACAUUAUGCGGAAAUAUAUGGUUUUGGAAUGUUCAGGAUGCUACAGUACUUGGCAGUAUUGACGGUUUACGUGAUAUAAAAUCGGGCCGAAAUGUUUCUGAUAAGUAUGCAGCUAACAAUUCCCGUAGUACAUCUGAGAAGAAAACAAACGCUACUUCUGUGGGUUCUGGAGUACUACAGAAUCAACAUUUUACAACAAUUGUAUACUCAUCCAACGGUUCAUGGCUUUUGGCAGCUUCCCAAACUUCACCUCGGGUUUGUAUCUACGCUUCGGAUACGCGUGAACUUUUACAUUCAGUAUCUUUGUCUAAGAAUAUCUCAUUUGAUAGCAUAUUGAUAGAAUUGAACUCCAAAUUGAUGACUGAAAGUGGAUUCUCUAUACAAGAAAUUGAUGCAUCUGAUUCGGACGAAGAUGAAGUGACACGACAACAAAAACGAAUUCAACAGCAUAAAGCAUUGCCUGGUAUUGAAGUUGGUGAUUUAAAACCGUUGCAUGAGCGCAAAAAAUUUAAAAUAUGGAAAUUAGCUUUCUCUCAGGAUGGUCAACAAUGGUGUGCUGCCACCAGUCAUGGAUUGUUCACUUUUUCUCUAGACUCCAAAAACUGUAUGGCUUUAUCUAAUCGUUCCAUGGGAAGUUAUCAGGCUUCAGGAAUAAGUUCUUUAGACACGUUUCGACCUAAUUUAAUAACUAAAAAAGUUUCACCCGAGAGUAUCCUUAAUGUUUUAAAAAAAAAUCCUGCUCAAGCAAUGAUACUAGCAUUAGGCUUAAACGAUUUUAUGUGGUUAUCUCGCGUCUAUGUAUCUAUUCCAUACAAAUAUAUUGGUGUAGUUGUUGAAUCAAUUCCUCCACUUUUUCUUCCUGCUUUAUUAAAUUUUCUACGUAUAUGUUUAAUGGAACCAAGUCAAAAUCAAAUUAACGAAGAUAUUAAUUUAUCUACCCCUGACUUGUCAACAUCUCUUGGUGGAAGUCCUCAUCUUCAAUUUCAUUUACACUGGCUAACUUGUAUUUUAUCUUGUCAUCUUUCUGUUUUACAACAAAUCGAUUGUAAACAUGAGAUUUACAAAACGAAUCAUGACAGCAUUCAAGAUAAAAAAGAAGUUUCGUUAUUUCAAUUAGACUCUAGUCGAACGGAUCUGUACAGUAUAUGUUUAUUGUUACUACGCAAUGUCCGAAAAAUUCAUUCAAAUUUAGGAUCACUUUUUAAAUUGAAUCUUCAUACUUUAGACGCUUUGUUGUUAUUUAAGAACGUUUCGAAAGCUAGGGAAUGCGUCGAAGUAAAUAAUGUUGAUUUAACAAUGUCAUAAACACAUGGCAAGUACAAAGUGUUUUUUUGUGCAAGUUUUCAUUACACUACAGCAUUGACUUAAAAAAAUAUUUAAAGUGCAAUAGAGUGUAGUUAGGACUAAAUAUACUAACAACUUAUAGCAAUGCGCUGUUUUUUUUUAUGAAACUAUUACAAAAAAAAAAAAUCGCCUAACGG